AUGAAUCAACCUCAGCGCCUACAGCCUAUUCCUCCACCCCAACUUACAGCCGCUCAAAAGGAUCUAUUCGACAAUAUUGUUGCGUCCAUUAGCAAAGACUUGGAUGCUGGCCAUUCUUUCAUCACGCAAAAUGAAGAGGGUGCCUUUGUUGGGCCAUUUAAUAGCUGGAUUCAUUCACCCAUUACCGGAGCUGCAAUAUGGAAUCUAAUCAAGGAGAUGAAACGGGACGAGAAGCUGCCUCAGAAUCUACGACAAAUUGCUAUUGUCACGGCUGGGUCACAUUUUAAAGCCAAUUACGAAGUCUAUGCUCACGCUUCAAUGGCGCGACAGUACUUUUCUGAGGAGCAAGUUGAUGCUCUAUCCAAUGGUCUACUUCCGCAGGGGCUCCUGUUAGAAGAGCAGCUAGUUUAUAGGGUUACAAAGGCAUUGGUCAAAGGGGGGCCUCUAGCUGACGAUUUAUACGCCGAGGGGAUUUCCAUUCUUGGGCAAGACAAGGUCAUUGAACUCAUCUUUCUGAUUGGGCUGUAUUCGCUGGUUUCCAUGUGUCUAAAUGGAUUUAAUGUACCUGUACCAGCUACACCUCAGGACUAG